UGCGCUUUUAUCCUAAUUUAGUCCGAGGGGAGAGGACGCGCUCCUGUGCCGCGGGGAUACAGUUGUCUUUUUGAGUUUUUUGUCCCCUCUUUCGGCUUUAUCCAUUAAAGAAUUGACCGUUUCCCUUUUCCCAGUGGAAUUCCGUUGAAUGAAGGUUUGGAGAAGGAUUUGAGUCCUCAGAGGAGAAGGCGUCCGCCGGUGCCAGCAGGGCAGACAGUCGCUGCUCUCAGAGCUUCUGUGUAGUGGGACAUCUCAGGGAGCUCCUGUAUGUCGCCUCGGAUAUAACAGCACAGCGAUGGAUCUGAAGCUGAGCUUUAUAGCAUUUUUAGGACUCUUUUACUGCUGUUUCUCUCAGAAAGAGGGGAACGAGUGCAUAACCGCCAAUGCCAAAUACUGUGGAGAGUGCAUCCAGGCUGGAGCCAAAUGUGGCUGGUGUACAGACCCAGACUUCCUAAGGCAGGGUGAAACUGUGUCAAGUCGAUGCGAUGAGGUGCAGGGCCUGAUAAAAAGGGGCUGCAACAUGACCUUUAUCGAGAACCCCCUCGGACAGCAGGACAUCGUCCAGAACAAGUCAGUGACCAAUCGCAGCAAAGGACUGGUAGCAUUAAAACCGGAGGAAAUCACACAGGUCCAGCCCCAGAAAGUCAGCCUCACCCUCCGAUCUGGUGAGCCCCAGUCUUUUGAGCUGAAGUUUAAAAGAGCAGAAGAUUAUCCCAUCGACCUGUACUACCUGAUGGACUUGUCCUAUUCUAUGAAGGAUGAUCUGGAGAAUGUAAAGAACCUGGGGACCAGCCUGAUGGAAGAGAUGCAAAAGAUCACCUCUGACUUCAGGAUAGGUUUUGGGUCCUUUGUGGAGAAGACAGUCAUGCCUUACAUCAGCACCACUCCAGCCAAGCUGCUAAACCCUUGCACCGGCGACCAGAACUGCACCAGUCCGUUCAGCUACAAGAACGUGCUGCCACUCACCAGCGACGGAAACAUGUUCAACGACCUGGUGGGUGUGCAACAGAUCUCUGGGAACCUGGACUCUCCUGAAGGGGGCUUUGACGCCAUCAUGCAAGUGGCUGUCUGUGGGGAGCAGAUUGGCUGGAGGAAUGUAACCCGCCUGCUGGUGUUUUCCACUGACGCCGGGUUCCACUUUGCUGGGGAUGGCAAGCUGGGUGGCAUUGUGCUGCCCAACGAUGGGAAAUGCCACCUAGAGAACAACGUUUACACAAUGAGCCACUACUAUGACUACCCCUCCAUUGCUCACCUGGUUCAGAAGCUGAGCGAUAACAACAUUCAGACCAUAUUUGCCGUCACAGGAGACUUCCAGCCGGUUUACCAGGAACUUAAAAACCUGAUACCAAAGUCUGCAGUGGGUACUCUGUCAAGUAAUUCAAGCAAUGUCAUCAACCUCAUCAUAGACGCCUAUAACUCUCUUUCUUCUGAAGUGAUUCUGGAGAACAGCAAGCUUCCAGAUGGAGUGACUAUAGCGUACACGGCCCGCUGUAAGAACGGCGUGACCAAUGUGGGGGAAAAUGGAAGGAAGUGCUCCAAUAUCUCCAUUGGAGAUGAGGUCCAUUUUAACAUCAGCAUCACCUCUAAGGGUUGUCCAAACGAUGGAAAGCCUGAGAUCAUCAAGGUAAGGCCCCUGGGGUUCACCGAGGAGGUCGAAAUCACCCUCAACUUCAUCUGUGAGUGCGACUGCCACCAUCAACGCAUAGAGAAUAGCCCAGACUGCCACUUUGGUAACGGAACCUACGAGUGUGGCGCCUGCAGGUGCAAAGAUGGCCGCGUGGGCAGGAAGUGCGAGUGCAGCAGCAACGACGUGGCCACAGAGGACAUGGACCGGACCUGCCGCAAAGACAACGGCACCGACAUCUGCAGCAACAAUGGAGAAUGCGUGUGCGGCACAUGUGAGUGCAAGACGAGAGAAAACCCAGAGGAGAGGUACAGCGGCCAGUUCUGCGAGUGCGAUAACUUUAACUGCGACCGCUCUGGGAACAAACUCUGUGGAGGGCACGGAAAAUGCGUGUGCAGGAAGUGCGUCUGUGACCCCAUGUGGAACGGAACGGCCUGCGACUGUUCUCUGGACCAGAGCACGUGUCUGGCCAAAAACAAGCAGAUCUGUAACGGCAGAGGACGGUGCGAAUGCGGUACCUGCAAGUGUGAUGAUCCUAAAUUCCAGGGUUCGACGUGCGAAAUGUGCCCCACCUGUCCCGGAGUCUGUGCUGAACACAAAGACUGCGUGGAGUGCCGGGCGUUUGGCACUGGGGAGAAGAAGGAAACGUGUCAGAAAGAAUGCAGCUACUUCACCUUGUUUAAAGUGAAAAGCAGGGAAAAGCUACCCCAACCCAACGACGGUGCCUACCCCAUCGGUCACUGCAAAGAGAGGGACGCCAACGACUGCUGGAUGUACUACACAUACAGCGUCACCAACAACACAGAGAACGUGGUCUACGUCUUGGAGGAGCCUGAUUGUCCCACCGGCCCAGAUAUCAUCCCCAUUGUGGCAGGCGUGGUCGCCGGUAUCGUUCUGAUAGGCUUGGCACUCCUGCUCAUCUGGAAGCUGCUUAUGAUUAUCCACGACAGGAGAGAGUUCGCCAAGUUUGAGAAGGAGAAGAUGAACGCCAAGUGGGAUACGCAAGAAAACCCAAUUUACAAGAGUCCAAUCAAUCAGUUCCAGAACCCAAACUAUGGACGUAAAGGCGCUGUCCUUUGAGGUGAAAAUCCUAUCUACAAAAGUGCCGUCACGACUGUGGUCAAUCCUAAAUAUGAAGGCAAAUGAUGACCUGCUGAAACGUCUUGAAUUGUUACUUCAACUAUCCAACAGCUGUUGCAUUUACCGCUGGUUUGGGGUCCGACCGAAGAGAGCGGUGGAAAAAUUUAUGCAUUUGUCUCGUCGCUUCGUCAUAACAUUGUAUCACCUGCCCACAGCAUCUUUUUUUUUUUUUUUUUUUACUAACACGUAUGACUUAUACCCAUGUGUUGUAUUGUUGUGUACAGUGUAUGUUGUGUGUACAUACUCAGAGAAACUGAAGUGGGUGUUUCUUUCCUGCUGACGGACUGGUCCUAUCGGAAUUUGAAGCCUAUGGAUUUAGACGAACGACUUCUUCAGCUUCUGCUUCUCUUCGCAUAAACUCCCGUUUGAUACGUCACUUUUGAGCCGUAGCCGCACAGCUUUUUAUGUAUAUUUAGAGAACAAUUGCAAUAAGAUAUUCUGAACAAUGUCAAACAGCUUUCAGUUUAAGCCGGACGCUUGCCGUGAAACAGCAGAUAAUACAGCGGUUGUAAAUUUGGUUUUGAGUUAAGAUGUGAUAUAAGAUUUUAUCGUGCUCUGAUAGAAAGAAGUCAAAACACACAGAAAGAGUACUAUUACUAUUUUUAUGCAGUUUUUAGAUAGCCUUAUAUCAUAAAGGGAUUGUAAACCACUUGUUAAAACAAUGAAUUUGCAGCAAUUUUAAACAAUCAAAGGAUUUCUUUACCUGUUAAACUAGAGAUACAAAUAUGUUUUUUUUUCCUGCAUUCACUUUUAUCCUCAGGUCCCAUGUGUUUUCAUGUCAGUCGCGCUAAAUUUAUGCUUGUUUUUUAUGCUAGUUUUAAUAUUAUUCACACUGAAAGACAGAAAAUGUCACAUGAAUGACCCCAGAAAUGUGCUCACACCCAAAUGCCUCUAAAUUCCACACACAGGCCUUUUACAAUGUUGCUUUCAAAGUGCCUUUCUUUUUUUAUUUGAUUUUAUGAUCAUAUUCAACUCAGUGCUGUUCACAAGAUAUUUAUUAAAUACACCAAAAAAAGUGUA